AUGGUGGCCGCGAACUCGACGUCGAUCGUCGCCAACGAGUGCAAGCUCCUCAGCGGGCCCUUUGAGACCUUUAUCCAAGUCUCGCUUGGCCUCAUCGCCAUGUCCGUCCUCAUCUGCAAGCGGUACUUUGAACACCCGCAGCGCCCGUUCCGCGUGUGGCUCUUUGACGCGUCCAAGCAGUGCAUCGGCGCGGGCUGGGCGCACGCGGCGAACCUCACGAUUGCGAUUUUGCUCGUGCAAUACUCGACCGAGAAGGAAAACGCGGACGAGUGCGCCUUUUACUUUAUCAACUUUACUCUUGACACGAGCUUUGGCGUCGCGCUCAACUGGUUCCUCCUCCACUGCUCCGUGCUCCUUGCGCGUCGCUUCCACUGGAAAGCGCUCCAAGUGCCGGGCUUCUACGGCAACCCGAUCCAGACGCGGUAA